AUGUAUAACACUACAGAAACAGUUACAGAAUUGAAUAAUUUUAUUCAUUCAAUCAAUUCUAUAUCCUACUGGAAGUUAUCCCUAACUUUUAUCCUUAUUGUGUUAAUAUGGGAUCAAGUCUCUUACAUAGAAAAGAAAGGUACCAUUGCAGGCCCCCGUUUUAAAUGGUAUCCAAUCAUCGGUCCAUUUUUAGAAUCUUUAGAUCCAAAAUUUGAAGAAUAUAAAGCUAAAUGGGAUAGUGGUGAAUUAUCAUGUGUUUCAAUCUUCCACAAAUUCGUUGUUAUCUCUUCUCAACGUGAUUUAUCAAGAAAAAUUUUCCAAGCAAGCAAUUAUGUUAAGCCAUGUGUCGUUGAUGUCGCAAAAAAGAUUUUAAGACCACAGAAUUGGGUCUUUUUAGAUGGUAAAGCACACACAGAUUAUAGAAAAUCCUUAAAUGGUUUGUUCACUAAGACUGCCUUAUCCAAAUAUCUACCUUCUUUGGAAAUUGUUAUGGAUAAAUAUAUGGAAAAAUUUAUUCAAAUGUCAAAGGACAACAACUAUGAACCACAAGUGUUUUUCCAUGAAAUGAGAGAAAUCCUUUGUGCUAUCUCCCUAAGAGCGUUCUGUGGUAAUUAUAUCACUGAAGACCAAACAAGAAAGAUUGCUGAUGAUUAUUAUCUAGUUACUGCCGCUUUGGAAUUAGUCAAUUUCCCAAUCAUCAUCCCAUACACAAAAACAUGGUACGGUAAACGUACUGCUGAUAUGGCCAUGAAAAUCUUUGAACAAUGUGCUCAAAUGGCCAAGGACCAUAUCGCUAAGGGUGGUAAGCCAAUCUGUGUCAUGGAUGCCUGGUGUGAGUUAAUGGCAAAGGGUGAUUCUUCCAUUCAUCGUGAAUUCUCUAAUAAGGAAAUCUCUGAAGCUAUCUUCACCAUGUUGUUCGCUUCUCAAGAUGCAUCCUCCUCUUUGGCCUGUUGGUUAUUCCAAAUUGUUGCUGAUAGGCCAGAUGUCCUUGAAAAGGUUCGUGAAGAACAAUUAAGAGUCCGUGAUGGUGAUCCAACAAAGAGAGUCAAUUUAGAAAUGAUUGAAAAGAUGACUUACACAAACAUGGUUAUUAAGGAGACUUUACGUUACAGACCACCAGUCUUGAUGGUUCCAUACGUCGUUAAGAAGAAAUUCCAAGUUACUCCAACCUACACUGCUCCAAAGGGUGCCAUGUUGAUUCCAACUUUAUAUCCUGCUUUACAUGACCCAGAAGUUUAUGAUGAUCCAGAUGAAUUUAUCCCAGAAAGAUGGGUGGAGGGUUCCAAGGCCUCUGAAGCAAAGAAAAACUGGUUGGUUUUCGGUUGUGGUCCACAUGUUUGUUUAGGUAGAACUUAUGUUAUGAUCACAUUUGCUGCAUUGCUAGGUAAAUUCGCUUUAUACACCGACUUUAAACAUAAAGUAACUCCAUUAAGUGAAAAGAUUAAAGUGUUUGCCACUAUUUUCCCAAAGGAUGACUUAUUAAUGACUUUCAAGAGAAGAGAUCCAUUGACUGGUGAAGUCAAGGAAUAA